UAACUACCUGUUCUCCCCCUCUAGCUUAGGGACUUCCACAUGAGCUCAUCUUGUUAAACAAAGAUCAUUUUUCAAUCCAGAACUUCACCCACUGAUGUAAAAUCCUGAUUUUGCUGCUGCCUAGGUGUUUGUGAAAUGUUCAAAAACCAAAUGCUGUCAAAAAUGACAGACUGUUACUGUAGAACUUGUUCAGAGUGUGAAAUAUUUCUCUUCUCUUGAAAUACCUUCCCUUUUGAGGCCUGCUAUGUUGACUUACCUUCGUUAAUACGAUACGUUUCACUUUGCCUGAUAAUCACAUUGGUAUUUUUUUUUAUUGUGUAGCAUUUGUGUCAUAACCAUGAGAACAAGUGUUCAAUGCAUAGUACUAAACAGAAAACAAUAAAAUUGCCUGAGCCUUGUACAUACAUACCAAGUUUCUACUUGUUAACGCCAGCAAGGAGUAACUGCAGCCUUGAACAUCUUUGUGUGUGAAGUUUUAUUAUGUUAUUUUCUGCUCCUUGGUGGGGACAAAAAAAAAUCAUGUCCUUCACUUCUUACAGUGAAUUCGAUCUGGCUUAGAUGUACACAUAUGAAAUGUAUUUGCCUUGCCCUUGUACAGGCUAAAAUUUGUCUUCAGGUUGCUUGUUACACCUUUCUCCAUGUAGGUAGUGGGCAUCAUAGAAGGUUAGAUAGAAAUUCCAUAGUUGGUGGCAGCAGAAAUUGAGCAUAGCACCCUACUUAUUUAGAUAAAAACAAAGGUGGAAUUUUUUCUAGGCUUGAAUUUUCACUUCAGUUUUCAGUAUGGUGAAACAUGAACAUCACAUGAAGAAAAAGGCAGUAUGUGGCCUUUUUCUUCUGAAAAUACCUUCAGAGUUAACCAGUUUGCAUAUUGUAAGGUUGUGUGGUGCUUUGGUGGUUUUGAUCAUGGCAGAUGGCAAUCCUUAACCCCCCAGUAAUUUGUUCAUGCUAACGUGUAAGAAAAUCCACACAUUCUGCACAUUCCUGAAUUCAUAGAUAAUUAAUAUUUUUAAAUUCAAGAUUUUAUAUUGUGACUAUUUCUGUUAUUUUUAAUUAAUUGAAGGCCCAGGCAGUGGGUUAACAUGUCUUUUGUCUACAAUGCAUGGUUGCACUACCUCUUAGCUCCCAAAACUCUUAACUAAAACCUGUCUUGUGACCUUUAGGGGAGAAAGGAGCGGAAGGGAGGGUUGCUGGGAAGAGAUCAGAACUUUAGACUUAAAUUGUGAUGGUAGGUGUUCACAGAAACUCUUGAAAUGCUUACCAGCAAGCUGAUGACUUUUGUUUCACUUCCUAUGGAAUUUACAGACUUGUGUUAAGAUAAUUAUAUUUUUAAAAGAAUUUCCAUCUUUUUUUCUGAUGGGUGUGACCUACCAAGUAAUUCUUGUUCUAUAAAGACCAGUUGGGAGAAUUGAGAACAGGAUUUGUGCAUGUUAUGUUGGUGUUUUAGUUUUAAGUGAAAUACAUCAGAUAGGAGAGUUAGCUGUGACUUUGUACAGCAGAUAACUGAUUUAGUACUUUUUAAUUCUCUCCAACAGAACUGCUUAUUUUAAAAUGCAUAUAGUUAAAAAUGAAACCAGAGAGAUGCUGUUGUGGGCACGAUCUUCAAGUCAUGUUGGAUUCCUGUUUAAAAAACAAUAGGCUGGCAAUUUUCAAGGAAGAGCAAUAAAGUGAUGACCAGGUGUCAGGUGCCAGCGGUCCUUAUUUACCAGAUUGAACAAGAACUGGAUAAAGAAGAGGAAGAGAUGAUGGGUUUCCUGUGCCGAGACCUUGCUCCUGACUUGGCCACUGCAGACCUUAGAGAGCUCUUAGUGGCUUUGAAUGAGAGGGAGAAAUUGUCUUUUUUUGGCUUAUCAGAGCUGUUGUACAGAAUUAAGAGGUUUGACUUGCUGAGGAGGAUCUUGAAGACUGAGAAAGCAACAGUGGAAGCGAACCUUGCAAGGAGUCUCAAGCUUGUCCCUGAUUACAGGGUACUAAUGAUAGAGAUUAAUGAGGAUCUGGAAAAAGAAGAAGUGGGUUCUCUUGUUUUUCUACUCAGAGAUUACACUCCUCGUAUGAAAAUGGCAAAAGAUAAGAGUUUUCUAGCUCUUGUGAUUGACCUGGAGAAACUAAAUUUGGUGGCUCCUAAUCAGCUGGAUUUGAUAGAAAAUUGUUUUCAUAAUAUCCACCGGAUAGACCUGAUUAGGAAGAUUCAGAAGUACAAACACGAAGCUUCAAUGUCCUCCAUUCAUUCUCAGCCACUAUAUAUAAAUGCACUUCAGGCAUCUCUCCCUAAUCUCAAUCUGAUUGAUCCUCCUUAUAAUUCAGGGAUCCAGAAUGUGAACAAAGAAGAAUCACAAACUGGACAAAGUCUUAUUCUAGCAGAGCCAGUCCGCAUGUCUAUUCAGGAAUCAGGACCAGUGUCACAUAAGGUGAAUGAAGAUCAAUACAGAAUGCAAAGUCAGCCUUUAGGAAUAUGCCUGAUAAUAGACUGUAUUGGCAAUGACACAGAUAUGUUGGAAGAGACCUUCAGAGGCUUAGGCUAUGAUAUUCAUUGUCACAGAUACUUAAAUAUGAACAUCAUGAAUCAAACAUUGCUUGAAGUUGCAAGGUUGCAGAAGCACAGAAAUUGUGACAGCUUCGUUUGCAUACUGGUCAGCCGUGGAAGUCCUCAGAGCAUCUUUUGUACAGACCAUACCUUUUCUGGAUUCCCUCUGGAACAAAUAAAGAAAUACUUUACAGCAGACUCAUGUCCUGAACUCCUAGGAAAACCAAAACUUUUUUUUAUUCAGAGCUACAUUGUGCCAGAAAAUGAGCAAGAAUAUACUAGUCUUUUGGAAGUAGAUGGAAAUUGUGAGAAAAUCAUUGCUAAUGCAAACAUCCCUUCAAAAGUCACUAUCCCCCAAGUAGCAGACAUCUUUUGGAGUCAGUGCAAGGUGGAUGUGUGUACACUAGAAAACUCUCCAAGUUCAUCCUCAUAUUAUCUGCGUUGUCUGUCUGAUCUACUCCGCAAUCCUCAUAAAAGGAAACUCUCUAUAUUAGAUAUCCAUACGGAACUGAACAGAAGAGUCUAUGAAUGGAAUAAGACCACCGACCCAAGCCAACAAUACUCACUUCUGCUCCAGCACACACUGAGGAAGAAACUUUUUCUUUCUCCUGCCUAACUGCUGUUGGAAAGGACAUGUCUGAAUUAGCUAAUAAGAAACACAAAAUAUGGUCCAGACAGUUUCACACAUACUUUAUGCAUUGCUAUUGCACAUAUAUAUAAAAUACCUAUUGCUUCCAAACCCAGGGAUUUAGAAGCAUUGUGGUAUGUUAAGGCACUAGAUACAAUAUUUCAAUACAGAAGGCAGCUAUCAUAGAGCACUGCCACAGAUCUUACAACCAAAUACAACAGGUAAAGAGGGUGGAAGGAGCUCUGUAUAGCUAUUGGGUUUUUCAGGGGGUUGUGUUUUUAUUUCAUUCAUUUUUUUUAGCAGUACAUUGAUCUAGGUUCUUCUCUUGAUACUUAAAUACAAGCCAGUGUAAAUCACUGAAGUUCACUGGGUACUUUCCCCAGCAACUAAUAAUAAUGGAAAAUGUGUCAGAAUUAGUAAGCUGUCAUUUGCAUGCCUUCACAGACUAAUAAAACAGAAGGGGGAGAGUCUUCUAAAUAAUUUGGAUUCCAUCUACCUGCUGCAUUAGACGUUGUGAUUCACCCAGAACCCUGUGUCAUCAGUACUGUCCGCAGCACACAAAGGUUAUAUGUUAAUAAAUGACACAGUCUGCCAUGUUUUGUACUGGUUUUCACUGAUAAAAAAAUGAGUCUACAUGUAGCAGGGCUUUAUAGUGAUCUACCACAGAAUUUUAAAAAACAUAAUGGGAUUUUGAUACAUGGUUUAUGGAAGCUGAAUCACAAUUCACACUUUUUGCACUAAGUAUAGUUGUGGAAGUACACUUUAUCAUAUUUGAAUCUAAAUGUUGUGUAGCAGCCACUGGCUCUUAAGACUAGAUUACAUUAAAUAAUGCCAUUGAAUUUUUUUUGUCACUGAAUUUAUGGCAAUCUCUUCCCUCAUAACAUAGGGUGCUUACAAACUUUUAAUACAGCCCAGGAAAACAAUCAAGGCCGUGGUGUGAUUGCUUAGUUUCUGAUGUAGCUACACCAUGUAUCCUCAUGGCACACAUUCCAUGCAAUCAGAAAUGAAAGGGGUUUUUGCUUAUAUAGGGUAUGCUAGUUCCUUGAACAAAUAUAAUGCAAAAAGAUUUUUUUCUAGUACAGCUACAUUGGAUUUGAGCAAAAAGUAGAUGUGCUUACAUAAACUUUGCCAACAACGCUUUUCAUAGUAUCAUUAUAUAUAGUAUCAUUAUAAUAUAUAGUAUCAUUAGGCAGCUAGCCUAAUGAUACUAUAUAUUGUAUACUAUCAGUAGCAUAUAAUAAUAAUUAGAAGGGCUUGGCCAGUAAACUUUACUUAGCAGUGGUGACUUUUUUAAUUCCUUGAUACUAUGUUGUACUUGGGUGUUGGCUUGACAUUGUUUUUAUGAACUGUCUUUUUUUAAACCAGACUUAAGUUUUAUUCAGAAAACAGUUUUUAAAUAGCUUCUAUAACUGAAAGUAAAAAUUGCCUUUAUUUGGCAAAAAGUACAUACUGAAAUAUAAAAAGUGUUCAGGAGUCCUUGUUCUGUGAUACAGACCCAGUCUCUUCAUGGGUUAAGAAGUUCUUAAACUGCUGAUUGGUGAGGACUAUUAAGAGUAUACAAAGAGGAGAUACCCACUGAAUGAGUUUUGUGUUACAGUCUUUAACUGUUUAUAUAAAAUGUUGAUAUUAACAUACAUAUUUAUAUUGAAAAUUGAUUUUUUUUAAAAUUUAUUAAGUACAUUUUAUAUCAUUAUUAUUCAAUCUUCACUUUUUUUCCCCCUCAUUUUUAUUCAGGCUCAUUUGCAUGCUAACUCUAGAAAGUUAUGUACACAGGUGUGAUGAGGAAAAAUUUUUCCACAAUUAAAAAAAAUAAUUCAGCUGUAUUGCACAUUUGUGCAUUCCAUACUUUUCUCUUUCCACUUCACAAGCUAUGGAAGUGUCUUCCUUCAUAUAAAAAUAUAUGGAAACUUUUUAAUAGCUUUGAACUGUGAAAUGCAACCCAAAUUUGUAUAUUAAAUUCUGAGUACAUAUGCUAUUUUUGCUACUGUAAUUCUAUGCAGCUACAGGGAUGAGAGGAAAAAUAGGAAAUAAUUCAGACAUUUUUCUAAAAGCUCAUUCUUCGUGAGCACUACAGUGAAAAUAGGAAAUGCAAUUUCAUUAUGUUAUAGGUGUGGAAACAAGUUAGCAUAGUGUGGUAGGACUUCCUUUCAGUUUACUGUUUUCUAAGAAAGGGCCAAUUGAACUGGUUCUUUUCUUCAACUAGUGACAUGUUUCUUUUGACUUUAAAAAUAUUUGUCUUAAAAUCACAUUCAUCUGUAUUCCAUAUGCUGAAGUAGAGAACUUACUGCACUGCGUCAACAGAAGGGUCUAUAUUAUAUGUGAUAAGUAAUAAAAAUAGCAUUAAUUUUUACUUCUGAAAAUAACCAACUAUCCAACAAUAAAAUAAAGCUUAAUUUUGAAACUCUACCUUGUUUAUGUUUUAUGGAGUAAGAGAAGGCUGUAUUUGGAAUCUUAGAAGUUACUUCUCGUAGU